UGGUGUUCAACGUUUUGUCGUCUGUUUAAUAAGAUUAUCAAGAAUCACUCUGAAGACACAAACUACAGCCAGAAAGGUUAGCGAUGGGCGGAGCCUCUUCAGGACUGUUUCCACAGGUCUGACUGAACUUCAGGUAUUACCCAGCAACCAUGGCAACCACAAGAUAACCACCUGUUAACCAUGACAACCACCUGUUUGAAGCCGGUCGAGCAGAACUGAACCUGCGGAUUUAAAAAUGUGGGAGUUGACUUUGAGAUGUGUCCUUCUGAGGAACUUCCUGUCUGUCUGACUGUCAGUCCACCAUGUCUCACCUCCUGCCCCACCUCCUCCCCCUCCUGCUCGUCCUGCCGUCGCUGGGCAGGUGUCAGACCGGCGGUCAGUUUGACGUGUGUCGGUCUCUGCGCGGCUCAGAGGCGGGGCCGGGGUGGGAGUUUUACUCCUGUCAGCCCCCCGCUGCCAACAUGAAGGAGGUGAUGCAGAUCAGAGUCGACCCCCCUGGCAUCACCUGUGGAAAUCCACCUGAGAGGUUCUGCACACUGGAGAACCCUUACCUGUGCAGCGAUGAGUGUGACGCGUCCAGCCCCGACCUGUCUCACCCUCCUCAGCUAAUGGGAGAUAGGGAGAGGGGGGGGCUCAUCACCUAUUGGCAGACCGUCACAUGGUCCAGGUAUCCUGAGCCCUUAUUGGCCAACAUCACCCUGUCCUGGAACAAGAGUCUGGAGGUGGUUGAUGACAUCAUCAUCACCUUUGAGUACGGCCGACCAACCAGCAUGGUGCUGGAGAAAUCUCUGGAUAAAGGUGUAACUUGGCAGCCAUAUCAGUACUAUGCUGAUGACUGUCUGGAGGCAUUCGGCAUGUCUCCUAAACGGGUCUCUGAUUUAGCACCGAGUAACUUAACCCGGGUUAUCUGUACCGAGCAAUACUCACGCUGGGUUGGAGCUAAGGAGGAGAAAAGCGUGGUGUUCGAGGUGCGCGGCCGGUUCACGGUGUUUGCAGGUCCCAAGUUGAUCAACAUGGAUGCCCUGUACACCCGGAUGGAGACCAUGAAGGGUCUGAGAGAUUUCUUCACCUUUACCAACCUCCGACUGCGACUCCUCCGCCCGGCACUGGGAGGGACCUACGUCCAGAGAGACAACCUGCUGAAAUACUUCUAUGCUAUUUCUAACAUUGACGUACCUGCCAGGUGUAAGUGUAACCUGCAUGCGUCUCAGUGUGUGUUACGUGAUGCGACGCUGCAGUGUGAAUGCGACCACAACACGAGUGGACAGGACUGUCAGCGCUGCAGCCAAGGCUUCAAUUCCCGUAGCUGGAGACCAGGAUCAUACCUGCCCCUACCCAAAGGCACUGCCAACACCUGUGAAGCAGCAGAAACAACAGCCAAUGCUCCUCUUCCUGAUGUACCUUCUCCUGAUGAAGUGGCUCCUGAUGUACCUCCUCCAGAUGUUUCUCUUCUUGAUGUACCUCCUCCAGAUGUUUCUCUUCUUGAUGUACCUUCUCCUGAUGUACCUCCUCCAGAUGCUCCUCUUCCUGAUGUACCUUCUCCUGAUGAAGUGGCUCCUGAUGUACCUCUUCCAGAUGUUUCUCUUCUUGAUGUAGCUUCUCCUGAAGCAGCGCCUGAUGUACCUCCUUCAGAUGUUCCUCUUCCUAAUGAAGCAGCUCCAGAUUUACCUCCCUCUGAUGUACCUCCUCCAGAUGCUCCUCUUCCUGAUGUCCCUUCUCCUGAUGAAGUGGCUCCUGAUGUACCUCUUCCAGAUGUUUCUCUUCUUGAUGUACCUUCUCCUGAUGUACCUCCUCCAGAUGCUCCUCUUCCUGAUGUACCACUUCCUGAUGUACCUCCUCCUGAUGUACCUCCAGAGGCGCCCUCCUCUAGGACUCCAGACCCUCUGAUAGAUGUACCUUCACCUGAAAAACGUCCUCUGGAUAUACCUCCUCCAGAUGUACCUUCUCCUGAUGGAGCACCUCCUGAAGUACCUCUUCCUGAUGCUCCUGUAGACUACUUUUUGCCUUCUUCUGAAGAAGGAGAAGGUGAUGUUGCACCAGACACAAGGUCCACCACCAUAGAUCGGUCUGACCCUGCUGGUGAUUUUGUCCCUGUGGACUUCACUUUCCCUUUUCCAGAUGAUCCAAAUUCAGUUAAACCUGGACCAGAUUCUGGAGCAGUGCCUGUUGUUGAUCGUGGGACCAUUCCAGAUGAUUUCCGUGGAUCUGUUGAUGUUCCUAGAUCCAGUUUAGUCAAUGCUGGACUGGAUUCUGUUUCAGCAGGGCUAGAUACAGGGGAAAGAGGAAAUGGUGGAAUGGAAUCAACUGGACCAGAUUCCCCUGUACCAGAUAGUGCAAGUCCUGAUCUAGAUUCUAGACGAGAUUCUUCUUCACCAGACAGUGCAAGUUCCGUUCUAUAUUCUAGACCAGAUUUUCCUGAAGCAGUAGAUAAUCCAGGAGUUGAUUCUUCAGCAGCUCAAAUGGAAGGAAAGUUCUCUAGAGAGGAUUCUGCUGCCGGUGGACAAGCAGGACGGUCGGGGUCGGAUGAAAAGAAAGACUCUAAACAAGAGAAGACGGGAGAGCAAAGAGAAGAGAAAGUCACUGAGGCCAAAGAGGAAACAAAAGAGAAAUCUAAGGAGGAAUCUAAGAAGGAAGGAGAGGAGGAGAAAGAUGACAAAGUCUAUGAGAAAAAAGCGACCCAGAAGAUUCUGAUUCCAGGAGGACCAAAGUUCAGUCAGCUGUCCAAAAUCGCCUAUGUCACCUUCCAGGACUGUGAGUGUAACGGUCACUCCAAUCGCUGCAGCUACAUUGACUUCAUCAACGUGAUCACGUGUGUGAGCUGCAAACACAACACACGAGGACAAAACUGUCAGUACUGUCGGCUCGGUUACUAUAGAAACGCCUCACUGGCGCUGGAUGACGAGAACGUCUGUGUUGAGUGUGACUGUGAGCUGCAGCGCAGUCUGUCUCCUCACUGCUCAGACUCUGGGCUCUGUCAGUGUAAACCCGGAGCCUCGGGGCGGCGCUGUGACUCCUGUCUACCUGGGUACAACUGGAGAGGAGGUGAAGCCGGCUGCACAGUUAACCUGUGUGACGAGGAGCGUCUGAUUUGUCAGAACGGAGGAACCUGCGUCGACUUCCAGCGCUGUGUCUGUCCGGACAGCUUCACAGGUUCGUUCUGCGAGCAGAUCGUCUGUCUGAAGAAGGGUGGUUGCCUUGACGACGCAGAGGGCUCCUCCUCCUCUCUGACCUCACACCUUUACCUGCUGACCCUCAGUCUGAUGUCCUCCACCUUCUGCUGACCCCGCCCCCGGACCCAAGGAGACGUCUGACCACGCCUGCUGUUCACUGAGUCCUACAGGCUCUCACAUGUAGGACACAGGAAAUGACAUCACAACGGGAACUGAAUAGAAAUAAGUUUCAGAAGCCGCACAUCAGGAAUCAUUUCCGCUUUGUGAAUAAUAAUCUAUAAUAAAUGUACCUUAUGUCUGGGGGGAAUGCUCUGUUGUGACUGGCUAACAUAAUAACGUUGUUGAUUGGCUGAGGAGCAGCCGUGUGAUCACAGACUUUCUGUCAGGACACAACUGUAAAAAUGUGACCAUGACGAACUUUGAUCAGUAAAGACAAGUCAUCAGAGAAACGAACUGUCAAUCACCAGCCUCACGAGAACGUCAGAGAGCCAAGAGAUCUGCGUUCUUAUUGGUCGGCUGAUCCUGGUGGAGACUGGUGACAUCAUACAUCCUUGACAGACAGUUACCAUGGAGAUGGAGUUUUUUGUAGCCAGAGCGCAGUUUGACUGUAAAAAGGUCAAACGUCACCGAGUCAUGACCUCAUGAUGGAAAUAAAGAUGUGUCACACACA